UCCCGGAAGACCCAGCCGGGCAACACUGAGGAGGCCAAGGCCUGGUGGGGUUUGUUGCUGCCGAGCCUGAUUUCCCCCUUCUAUGUCGUUGCUGAGCCUGGAUCGGUGCUUCAGAGGUCGGGGCCCUUGCAGGGCGCGGUUGAGGGGUGAACAUUUGAUGAUCUUAUUCCAUAUAGUCCUGGUCUUUGACUUCCAUUAUGUCUUGGUUUGCUGAGCUCGCUGGGAAGGCAGAGGAUCUUCUCAACAGAGUAGAUCAGGGAGCUGCUUCAGCUUUAAGCAAGAAAGAGGCUGCAGAUGGUGGAUCCUACAGCAAGAGCCACUUAGAUGCUGUCAAUGAGUACCCCAACCUGCAGCAGCAGCAGCAGCUUCAGACUUCAUCCAAAUCGAGCUUUAUCUCUUCGGCAGCAGAUAAUAUUAAACACCAGAAAGCAACCAUCCUCGCAGGGACCGCAAACGUGAAAGUGAUGUCCAGGACAUCUGUAGAACCAUCACCUUCCGUAGAAAUGGUUUCCACACCCAGAGCAUCUUCCCAGUUUGUGAGAAGGAAAAAAUCUGAACCGAAUGACGAACUCCUCUUUGACUUUCUCAAUAGCUCUGAAAAGGAACCGAAUGGAAGAAUGGACCUCAAAAGGGAGAAAAGCAGAGCAGCCCCUGCUCAAAAUCACUCUCGGACUUCGAGCAUUAGCUCCGUGUCAGCAAGUUCACAGAGCGUCAGAACUGGGGAAGAUGUUUCCCUCCGGAGUCAAAAUGAUACUCCAGAUGGCUCCAGUUCUAGCCUAGAAACAGAUGCGGAUGUCAAAAAAGAGUUGCCACCAAGCACAGAAGCGAAUCCAAGCCCAGCACCAAGUGACAGCAAAUCACAUGAGCUUUCCAAUCUCCGACUGGAGAAUCAGCUCCUGCGGAAUGAAGUGCAGUCUUUAAACCAAGAAAUGGCAUUGCUAAUUCAGCGAUCCACAGAAACUCAAAAAGAACUGAACAAUGCCCGAGCAAGGGUUGAAAAGUGGAAUGUCGACAAUUCCAAGAACGACAGGCUUGUUCGCGAACUUCAGGCUCAAGUGGAUGAUCUGACAGAAGCUGCCUCUGCCAAAGAUUCCCAGCUGGCUGUCCUGAAAGUGAGGUUACAGGAAGCUGAUCAGCUUUUGAAUUCACGGACUGAAGCGCUGGAAGCCCUGAAGACAGAAAAAUCUCGAAUAAUACAGGAUAACUGUGAAGGAAACAGCUUGCACAAUCAAGCUCUUCAGACUCUUCAGGAGAGGUUGCACGAUGCAGAGUCCGCCCUCAGACGGGAGCAAGACAGCUACAAACAGAUGCAGAAUGAGUUUGCAGCUCGCCUCAGCAAAAUGGAAGUUGAACGUCAGAGCUUGGCGGAAGCCGUGACUGCAACUGAGAGAAAGAGCGUGGAAGAAAAGCGGAGAACUGAUGAAUUUCAGCAGCAGGUCAAAGUAGCCAAAGCCAGCCUGGAGUCCGCUAAACAAGAACUGGUUGACUACAAACAAAAAGCUACACGUAUUCUCCAGUCUAAAGAAAAGUUGAUCAACAGCUUGAAAGAAGGCUCCGGUAUUGAAGGCUUGGACAGCCAAACAGUGAGCAUCAUGGAACUGGAGGAACUGAGGCACGAGCGAGACAUGCAGAAGGAGGAAAUGCAAAAGCUUCGGGGGCAGGUGCAGCAGCUGAGGACAGAGCUCCAGGAUAUGGAAGCACAGCAGAUAAGUGAAGCGGAGUCCACCAGAGACCAGAUUCAAGAUUUGCAGGACCAAAUCUCAACUCACAAAACAGCCAAGCAGGAAGUAGAAGCUGAACUAGAGAGGCAGAAACAGGAGCUCCGUUACACUGAAGAAGAGUUGUACCGGACAAAGAAUACAUUGCAAAGCCGAAUAUCAGACAGAGAAGAAGAAAUUCAGAAGCUGAGAAACCAGCUGACAAACAAAACUCUGAGCAGCAGUAGUCAGUCUGAGCUGGAAAAUCGGCUACAUCAGCUGACAGAAACACUAAUUCAGAAACAAACUAUGUUGGAGAGUCUCAGCACAGAAAAGAACUCCUUGGUCUACCAGCUGGAGCGAAUGGAACAACAGUUGAAGACUGUCCAAGGCACUUCCGCAAAUGGUCCCUCCAUUAAUAUGGCAGGAAUUGACAGCAGUGAAGGUACUCGCAUGCGAAAUGUUCCAGUCCUUUUUAAUGAUAUCGACAUUAAUGUGGCAGGGAUGUAUGGCAGAGUCCGCAAAGCUGCCAGCAGUAUAGACCAAUUCAGCAUUCGAUUAGGAAUCUUUCUCCGACGGUAUCCCAUUGCAAGGGUGUUUGUAAUAAUUUAUAUGGUGUUGCUUCACCUGUGGGUCAUGGUAGUUCUGCUCACCUAUACUCCAGAGAUGCAUCAUGACAAUCCAAGCGGGAACUAAAACACAAUCCUGGAUGAGCGCUUUCCCUGAUGAUUAAUAGGAGUUUUACUGCUGGUUUAUUUAAAGCAACUGAUUCCUCUGGAAGGGAACACUUUGAAGACUAGGAGACACCACGUCUCUUCUGUUGCUGCUGUUGCAGACUUAAAUUACUUGGCAAACAUUCUGAGUUCCUUUCGCUUCCAUAAACCAAAAGCAGUUUCCUUGAUAAAAGGCUGCUUGAGUGAACAGUAGCCUCUUUUCCAUUUUUCACCAUUCUCCUAAGGGUACAGGCACACCAAAACACGCACCUGCAGGGUGCAGAUGUACACGGCAUAUUCUUGAUCCUAUAGGAAACAGGCUGUAAUCAGGGAAACUAAUUAUGCUUAGAAGCCGGAAUAAACUCUUAUUCCUUCUGUAAUUAUGACUGUUUCUACACCUUUUAACCCUGUAAAUAUAUAAAUUUAGCUUUUCUGUAACACGUACAUUUCCAGCAGAUCUGGCAGCUGCAUGGUGGCAUUAUCUUUUCUGUAAAUAGCUUUAAAAAGAGAAAUAAAAAAAUAUAUAUUGCUUUAAUUUUGGUCCUUAGACAUGCAAGAAAUGUAUCUUCCAUAGUAAUGCAGAAAAGUGGUAUAUUUAACUGUAUAUUUUAAUAAUCCUGUAUAAGUGUGUACAUAUAGAACUGAAAGACUGGGAGUGCCUUUCUUCUUUGCAGUGCCCGUGAGCUGCCUUAUUAAACCUUUCUUGUCUUCAGAGA